GCAGAGCUGUGUGACGAAGCUGUGGGGGCCAGCGCAGGAGGAUUUUCUUCACUGGGGCUCCUGGCCAGUUGGCUGUCUGCACUUCUUUCCCCACCUCUUCUUCCCCUUCAUACCUUUUGGAAUCCCUGCCUGGACCAUGCCUCCCAACCUCACCGGCUACUACCGCUUCGUCUCCCAGAAGAACUUGGAGAACUACCUGCAAGCUCUGAAUGUCAACAUGGCUCUGCGGAAGAUCGCCCUGCUGCUCAAGCCGGACAAGGAGAUUGACCAGCGGGGCAACCACAUGACAGUGAAAACCCUCAGCACCUUCCGAAACUAUGUUCUGGAAUUCGAGGUGGGAGUGGAGUUUGAGGAGGACCUGAGGACCGUGGAUGGACGAAAAUGCCAGACCAUAGUCACCUGGGAAGAGGAGCAGCUGGUUUGUGUGCAGAAAGGAGAGGUCCCUAACCGGGGCUGGCGACUCUGGCUGGAGGAAGAGAUGUUAUAUCAGGAAGUGACCGCACGAGAUGCAGUGUGCCAGUGUGUCUUCAGGAAGGUCAAAUAGCCGGAGAGGAGCUGAGGGCCCCCCUCCCCUCCUGGACCACAUGAGUCCCCAGAUUCCUCUUGCCUGUGUCCCCUUCAAGCCCAGAUGGUCCCAGGUCAGCAGUCCUUGUCCCAGUCCACUCACCCUGCCUCUGCGUCCCCCUCCCCCGCACCAUGUUAAUCUAUAACUUGCAGCCCCUGGGCCAAAGUCCUUUCCUUCUCACAUUCCACUGCCCGAUAGUGACCUCAUAUCCAGCUCAAGGUCUGCCUCCUGGAUGAGAGAAACACGCAAAGGGAAAGGGCCUUUGAGAAUAACGGACUUCCACUCUCUUUCAUUCAUUUGGCCUCUUAUUUUCCAUCUAAGAAAGCACUCAGCUUCAUGUACUGGAGCAUUAGUGGAAACUCCAUCCUGGUGGAGCUUUUGAGAGUGACUGGACUCUCAAGAAUCUAAGCAGGAGCUACUGGGGCUCUUGUCCAGUUCCUUGUCCUUCUUCUUGAGAAAUUCCCUGGGCUGAAUAGAACCAGGCCCAAGGCAUGGCCCCAGCCACACAGAGUUCAACAGACAUGUUGACUGACACCUAAUGAGCCUUGCCAAUCAUAUACUUGCAUCCUACAUGUUGGGGAAGAGGAAUGGGUCAGGGUGAGACCUUUAUCUGGUGCCAGGGGAGGAGGAAAGUUUCUAAAUAGUGAGCUGGUCUCCAUGUCUGCUUUGGGAAGGACAGGCAACAAGAGGGUCAAAAAGGACUGAAAAGGGAAACAGAUGAAGGUGUCCACUUAAAAAUAGUCACAACCUGAAA